AUGUCUAUUCCUCAGGUUCAAACAGCGUUGGUUGUCCAAGGACCAGGAAAGCUCGCAGUGGUUCACGAUGUCGCAGUUCCGGCCCUGGAGUCUGAUAUGGUGCUUGUCAAGACGGCAGCAGUGGCGAUCAACCCAGCAGACGCCAAGAUGCUUGACUUUAGCGCAGUCCCUGGAGCGGUCCACGGAUACGAUUUCUCCGGUACUGUUGUCGCUCUGGGGGAGGAUGCAAAGGCGGAAGGCAAACUGCAGGUUGGAGAUCGUGUCGCCGGUUUGGUCCAUGGAAUGAAUGUCAACAAGCCUGGCAUUGGCUCCUUUGCCCAGUAUGUUGCCGCGUACCACGACCUCCUGCUGAAGAUUCCAGACUCGAUGAGGUUUGAGGACGCAGCCUCAUUCGGAACUGGUCUCUCCACGGCCUCGUUGAGUCUCUUCCACGAAAUGCGCGUGCCGGCCACGCUGGAGCAGCUCAGUGCCGGGGUCCCUUCCAAGACCGGGGAGUUUGUGCUCGUGGCUGGAGGUAGUACGGCGACUGGUACGCGAGCGGUGCAAUUGUUGAAAUUGGCCGGACUGCGUCCGAUCGCCACUUGCUCUCCCUCCAACAACGACCUCGUUUUGAGCUUCGGCGCGGAGAAGGUUUUCAACUACGCAAGCCCAACGUGCGCAGCGGACAUUCGCGCUUACACUGGAGGCGAGCUCGGCUAUGCACUGGACUGUGUUUCCAGCGCGGAGACGACGCAGCUGUGCUAUGGCGCGCUUGGACGUGCCGGUGGUCGCUACGUGGCACUUGAGCCAUUCCGUGACGCCGUUGCACAGACGCGGUCCCUCACGGUGGUGCCUUCCUGGGUCAUGGUCCUCACCAUCUUCGGCCACAAAGUCGAUCUGGAUGGCGAAUACGGCCGAGAGGCACGUCCAGAAGACCGGGCUUUCGGUCGCGAUGCAUUCGCGGCGGUUCAGACUCUCCUGGACCGUGGACUGAUCACCACGCAUCCUGUGAAGGCGCUACCCGGUGGAUGGGAGGGCGUCAUUGAGGGCGUGAACACCAUCCGUACUCAAGCGCUCUCGGGUUACAAGUUGGUGUACGCCGUGGCGUAA